AUGCCGCCCCGUAGUCUGAUCUUGGAUGUGUGUGAUCUUGCUUUUGAGGCGACAGACAAGAUGGGGGACUCGGAGAUGGAGAUCAAGCCUGAUCGGGCUGGCGCCGUGCGUCGUGCCAAGCUCUACAAGAUUGCCGGUCACUCUUUGGUGUGGUUCUUUUUCAAGCAACCCACCUUCUGUGCACAUUGCACCGACUUUCUUUGCCGAUCUCACGCAUGCCGAAUUCGCAUUGCCUGGCCAAACUACGCCACCGCAGGGGUGUCACCCGGCAAGGCCUGCGCUGCCUCGAUUGUGGCCUCGCUGUGCACGAGCGUUGCCAUGCUCAAUUGCUCGUCCCAUGCGCUGGUCUGGAUAUUGAACUCGGCCAGGAAGCAUCACGGCCUCACAAGUUUCAGGUCAAGUCCUACACCACCCCGACCUUUUGCCAACACUGCGGCCAAAUGCUCUACGGCCUCCUCCGUCAAGGCGUGCAGUGCUCCGAGUGUCACGUCAAUGCCCAUCGCAGCUGCAGUCAAUCCAUUCCAGCUCUCUGCGGUAUGGACCUUGGCGAGGAGCGUGGGCGUAUCAGGCUCGCCUUCCAGGUGGACAAGGACAGCAACUCCAUCCGCGUUACCGUCCUCGAGUGCGCCAAUGUUGGCAAGUUUUCCCAGGCCGACGACAAGAACCUCACGAUCUUUGACUGCUAUGCCAAGGUGUGUGUUCAAGGUCUCAAGGCCAAAUCUCUCAAAACCUCAGAUCUAGUCUCUACCACCGGCAACGUACGCUUUGACUGGACAGCCAACAUGCCAAUUCCAGCCAAGCUCAGUAAAACGCAACGCAUCUUUGUUUACAUCAAAAGCGCCACCGAGGGCAAGAAAAAGAACAUCUUCUUGGGGGGUGUUUCCUUUGCCAUUGACAAGAUCCUGGCCGGCGAAGUCCGCCCUGAAUGCUGGUAUUAUCUCCUCAACGAGUCUCGCGGUGCGUUUACCAACAGCGCUGUGCUCAGUGAUAGCGAGCUUGACAGCAUCAAAAAGCAGCUUGAAGACGCUGAUCGAGUCCGUCGCGAGUCCCGGCCCUCGCACGUUUCACGCCAGAACCCCUUUGAAGGCUUCAAACCCCUGUGUGUUCUGGGUCGUGGCUCGUUUGGCAAGGUUGUUUUGGUGGAAGACCGCGUCACCAAACAACUCUUGGCGCUCAAGAUGCUCAAAAAGACACUGGCCUACCGAGGCGACGAGCACAUUUACAUUCUCAAUGAGCGCCGGGCCCUUGCCCUUGACAACAAGCCACCCUUUAUCGUUGACAUUCACUCUUGUUUCCAGACACCAAGUCACUUGUGCUUUGCCAUGGAGUACAUCAAUGGUGGGGACCUCAUGUACCACAUUCAACGACAGCGCCGCUUUACCGAGCCCGCGGCACAGUUCCUCUUGGCUGAAAUCUGCUUCGCCCUUUGGUUCUUGCACGAGCAGCACAUCAUCUACCGCGAUUUGAAACUGGACAACAUCAUGCUCACACAGGCCGGCCACGUCAAACUCUGCGAUUUGGGCAUGGUGGCCUUUCUACCUGGUCCAGAUGGUCAUGCCAAGACAUUUGCCGGCACUCCCACUUACCUCGCCCCAGAGAUUAUCAUGGAUUGCCCCUAUACCACGGCCGUGGAUUGGUGGGCGCUGGGUGUGCUCGCUUUUGAGCUGUUGAGUGGUCGCGAGCCUUUUGGCGCCAAGACCGAUGAGGAAAUUUACAACAAGAUUUUGCGAAACCGCGUUCGAUUUCCCUCCACCAUCUCUCCCGCGGGCAUGACCUUCAUCAAGCGCCUCCUGCAAAGCGUGCCGGCAAAGCGCCUGGGCAAAACACGGGCCGAGGUGCAACGCGACCCCUUCUUUGCUGGUCUGGAUUGGAAAGCCGUGGAAAAGCAAAAGGUGAAGCCUCACUUUGUGCCCACGGCCAAGAGUGAUUUUAACGUGGAUGACUCCUUCUUGAAGGCCUCCGUGGCCCUCACCCCCGAUCAAGACUUGGAGCUGAUGGAGCCGACGUCUGUAUUUGACCGCUUUUCAUUUGUAAAUGUCACUUUUGCGUGAACGGUAGCACGCUACCGGGGAUGC